AUGGACGGCUCGACUGGAGGUAGCAGCCGGAGCGUGAUGAACAUGCAAUACUACUGUUCCUAUCGGAUACCCAAUGGAGCACAUAGAGUCGUGGAACAGGACACCGGUACUCGAGGUGGAGACGCAACCCACAAGUGCGAACGGUCAGAUGGGCAAUUGAGGAACCCUCGAGGUUACGCUACUGAACCUCAAACGCGAUAUGAGAACAUAUUCGUUGAGGUCGCACCGGUGCCUCGCCAGUGCGAUGUCCGACGCCCAAACAUGCUUUUCUCUUGGGAUUGUGACAUCGGCAGAACCCUCAUCGAAUUAAUCCCCAACCAGCAGCACAGUUUUAUUCUCCGGAUGUUGACGGGCAGUCAUCUGAUUGAGGCACUCAAAGCUCAUGCAUACAUAUCCAGGUCAAACUGUGUCUGCGAGGUGGUGUCCUGGGGGGUAGUCAAAAGCAAAAUGUCAAAACACGGUUGGCUACAUAUGUUGCGUCGACCGGAAAGACCUUCGCCGGGACUCCGACACAGCCGGGCCGCCGCCUCCAAAGUUGCGUCCGCCGUCGAAGUCUCGAAGACCUCCACCCGCCCAAGUUCGACACACUGA